AUGGAGUACUCCUACGUGUUCUAAGGUUACUAUAACAACCUGGCAGAGAGCAGUGGCUUCCACUACAACCUGCCCCUGAACUACCUCCUCACCUCCGUCUUCUACUCUGCCUUCUGUCUCAUCUGCAUCAUCGCACGCAUGGGGAGUACAUUUUGCGUUGCUGUGGCAACAGGCAGUUACAGCAAGAUGGUGUUCACUGGUUGGGACUACGGUUGCCAGGGAGAUCGGGCCAUCAAACUCAAACAGAAAAGCAUCCACUACCAGCUACAGGUGGACCUGGAGGAGGAGAAGCUACAGAAAAAGGCUUUGUCUCUAACCUUAGGUCUGGGUCUGUGUUCUCUACACAUCUUCCUCAUGCUCGUCUCCCUCGCCCUCAUAGGAGGAGCUUUCUUUGGCAUCUUCAAGGCUACUGUCUUCAGCCAGGCACAGGUUGGAGCAGAGGGCAUUCUGGGCCUGUUUGUUGUGCCCUUCAUGUGUGACCAGAUAGCCCUGUUUGAGAGAUAUUCUCCUAGUACCACCAUCAUCGUGGCACUGUUCAGGUCAGUGUUUCUGCGUAUGAUAAGUCUGGGAGUGCUGCUGUUUACUCUGUGGAGUCAGAUCACCUGCUUUAAAGACAGUCCAAAAUGUGAGCUCUGCCAGUACAACAACAAGGAAUAUCCGUGCUGGGAGACGCGUGUGGGACAGGAGAUGUACAAACUGGCCUUGUUUGACUUCCUCAUUACCAUCGCCAUGCUUUUCCUGGUGGAGUUUCCACACAGGUUGUUUGUGGACCACUACUCCUGUGCACUGACCCGGUGGGUAGGUCGUCAGGAAUUCUUGGUGCCUCCCAAUGUGCUGGGUCUGGUCUACGGUCAGACAGUGGUGUGGACCGGAGCUCUGUUCUGCCCUCUGCUGCCUCUCAUCAACACACUCAAGUUCUUCAUCCUCUUCUACUGCAAGAAGGUCACUCUGUUUUCUAACUGUCGUCCGGCGGUGAAGACGUUCCACUCCACCACCUCCACCAUCUUCUUCAUGGUGGUAUUGCUGUUCGGCUGGGGCCUCGCCCUUGUCGCAAUGAUCUACAGCCUGGCCCAGAUCCAUCCCUCUAUGAGCUGUGGUCCGUUCCGCUCUUUCACUAUGAUGUGGAGUAUCGUUCCCAACACCUUCGACACUCUCUCCCUGACAACACAGGACUUCAUCUUCUACAUGGGCUCCCAGGCCUUCUCCAUCCCUCUCUUCAUCUUCUCCUGUGUGGUGCUGUGUUAUGUAGCAGCUCUAGCCGCAGUCUAUGGGAAGAGUGUUGAUCUGCUAAAGGCCCAGCUUAAACUGGAGGGACGUGAUAAGCAGUUCCUGGUCAAGCAGAUUGAAGAGCUGAGUAGAGAGAUGGGGGUUCCAACAAGGGACCAAUUGGACACAUUUGACACUGGUGCAGCAAACUGACUCAGACACCAGGCUCAAACCCAUGGCCCAUUUCCCAGCCCAAGGCACUUCUUGUAGAUUUGAAAGGCUUAGAUAGAUUUUGCAUGUGGCAAUAUCACAAAGCACAUAUCUACACCUUCACAAUUCACUUUACAAUUGUCACUCUCUAGUGUAGAUAGCUACAUUUAUUGAGGCAAAGUUUUACUUAUUAUGAUUGAGUGGUGGUUGUCUCACCUAGCUACGGUAUCUUAAGAUGAAUGCACCAACUGUAUGUCACUCUGGAUAAGAGCUUCUGCUAAAUGACUAAUCGAAAUGUGAAGACUACCAUGGGGCUAUGGGUUAGUAUAUUCAAGAUUUAGUUUGUUACCAUAUUUCUCUUUCAUAAUACCUGUAACAUCAAUUGCCAUGUUCAUUGCCUUUGCAUUCUCUUCCUCACCUCUUGCCUAAACAUCAGACUGUGACCGUGUUUACCCCAUGGUUAUUCAGUGUGAAAGAAGUCGCCCUAAAAAAGACGCAAGAGCCUCUACAAGCCAGAAUGUUGAAUACAAUUCUAUUUACAUUUACCGGUUGUCCGUGCUGUUGGUCCUUUUGACGGUAGGAAGUGGAGAUACUUUCCUGUGGAUAUUGUAUUGUUUACCCGACUUUUUUGCGGCGACAGAAUUCGCUUGUAUUUUCAAUCUCCCGAGGCAUUGUUGCACAUUAUGUAAACAGUAGCCGAACGUUGUCGACCGAAACACGUUCCCUCGCAGUCAGCUGGGUAUAAUUUGUGGAACGUUCCAACAGGAAUCUGUUCCAAAAAGUUCGUAAAUAACAAGGUUGCCAGCAAACAACGGAUACAAAAUUGUAUAGCGGCAGAAUAAGAUACCGGGUAGGGAGUGGGCUAUUUCAUUCAGUUUUUCACUCACCACGUUUAUUCCGAAAAAUGUCUGUCCUCACUCUGGUAGCCUAUGGACAAACAUUAAGAAUAAGCUACGUGGUGAGUUGAUGCCUAUUCGGCAGCUAGUUAAAUAGGUGAAUUUAUCAUGCUACUUUGUAUACAACAUUAUACUUUACGACGUUUUUUAACAGAUUCCUGUUGGAACGUUCCACAAAUUAUACCCAC